AUGCUGCGAGUGCUUCAGUUCACCAAACGACGAGACCUCCAUUGUCUCGCCGCCAGCGGCCGCAGACAUCCCAAGUUGCCUCACCAAGUACGUCCAGCAGGAGACAGUCGCUUGUCGUGCUCAGCCAGGGAGAUAGCUACCCCGGCAUCUCCAUCGUGGAAGGCUCGAGGGAGUCCAUUUCGUCGUCUGGUUCUUGGCUGA